GUGUUAGGUUUUGGAAACACUUAGCAUUACGCUUUUUUGCGAUAACUGCUCUGUGCUUUAUAAUUUUUUUUACUAGGUGAAUUUGUGUUACAACAAUUAAUUUUAUAUUGUAAUAUCCUUUUCCAGAAAAUUAAUUUUCAAUAAAUUUUAAAUAAUAAUUAAAGCUUUAAAAUGAAUAAGAAAGGGAAUAUGGCAAUCCCUUUUCAAGAUAAUAUGAUUCUUCAAACGAGGAAAUAUUUAAAACGUAAAAUAAUGUGUCCCGAAGCAAAAUACCGGCAUCAUGAAAAGGAACGUCAAUACGUUCUGGAUUUAGUGAAACGUACCGUUGAAACGGGCGAGAGUAAUUCUGCUCUUUUAAUUGGUCCCGAGGAUGCUGGAAAAACAACUCUUGUAAAUAGCGUUCUUAAAGAAUUGUCAAGUUCAAAAAAUUUUAAAGACAAUUGUUUAAUAGUAAAUCUACAUGGAUUAGUGCAUACGGAUGAUCGUUUAGCAUUAAAAGACGCGACACGUCAAAUGCAACUUGAAACAGCAGUUGGUGAUAAAGUAUUUGGUUCGUUUGCUGAGAAUUUGUCAUUUCUUUUAGAUUGUCUUAAAGCAGGCGAUAAAAAACGUAGUAAACCAGUUAUUUUUAUUCUCGAUGAAUUUGAUUUAUUUUGUGAACACAAUAAUCAAACAUUAUUGUAUAAUUUAUUUGAUGUUGCACAAUCGGCACAAGCGCCAAUUUGUGUAUUGGGAAUAACAAGUCGUUUAGAUGUAUUGGAAUUACUUGAGAAACGUGUGAAAUCACGAUUUUCAUCGCGACAAAUAUUUCUUUUGCCAGGCGAUAAAACUGAUGGACAAUGUGCAACAAAUGAAAAACCAUUUGACGAACGUCUUAUAUUGUUUAAAAAUCUUUUAACAUUACCCGACGAUGAGAAUGUUAAUGGAAUUGAACAUGAAUUAGAGGAUUGUAAUAUUGAUGUGAAAUUUGCAAUCUCAUGGAAUGAAACAAUUGUGAAACUUGCAAAAAAUCAAACACUCAUCAAUUUAUUGAAGUCAAUGUAUAAAAAUGAUACGAGCGAGAGAAAAUUUCGUAAUUUUCUUGCAAUUGCUAUUACAUAUUUGACGGAGAAUCAUCAAAAAUUGGAAAUUGACGAUUUUGUUGAGGCUAGUAAAGUUUAUUUACAAGAUGAUCGUGUCGCUAUGUUGAAGGGUCUCUCUGUUCUGGAAAUGUGCCUGAUAAUAGCAAUGUAUAAAGAGACAGAAAUAUGUAAAGAUGAACCUUUGAAUUUCGAAAUUGUUUACAAAUGUUAUAAUUUAUUUGCUACACAAAAUUCUUCUAUUCAUUCCGUCCAAAGGCCAGUUAUUGUAAAAGCUUUCGAACACAUUAAAAAUUUAGAAAUCUUACAACCAAUUGGAGGCAAUAAUUCACGAGUCGAGAAGGAAUAUCAAUUUUACAAGUUUAUCUUGACUCCACAGCAAGUGAUUGAAGGAGUGAAAAGUUACACAAAUCUUCCAACUGAAGUUUAUCAAUGGGCUGUGAAUACUUAUGCAGCGCGUUAAAAAAGUCUUUUUUUUUUUGCUUUGUAAUAUUUUUCCAUUCAUAUACAUAUAUACAUAGUAUUUAGCGCAUCUUCCAUAAUAUUUUUGAGACUGAUUUGUGAAAGAACAAAUUUUAAAGCGACAAACUUUUAAAAAUAAAUUUUUCAUCUCAAAAUCCAUAAAUGUCAAUUGGUUUAAAAUUUUUUUUUUAAUGCAUUCAGUAAUUUUAUAUAAUUAUAUGUAAGUUAUUUAUCUUUAGAAAAUAAUUUGUUAAAUUAUUUUUAUCUAGUCACUAGAGAAUUGUUUGUUUAUUUGUAUCGUCUCAAAUGUUUUUUAUUUCUUAUACAUUUUCUUUUUUUUUUUAAUUAAAAUUAUUUAUUUUUAUGUUUAAUUUUAAUUAAAAAAAUUUUUUUUACUAUAGAAUCUGUAAAGAUGACAAAUGUAAGCGAAAAUUGUGUGUGCAUGUAUGUAAUGUAUGUGUGUGAGUUUCUGUGCAAAAUGUAGUAUUUUAUUUAAAAAAAAUUGCACAGAGUAUUUCCAUAUCAUAGAACAUUUGUUUUUUGUAAUAUUUAUAACAACUAAUUAAUCAUUCUUUAAAGCUUUUUAGAAAACAAAUUAUUCGCAAAAUUUGUGAAUACUGUGAAUUUUUUUUUUUCUCAAAUUAAGACAAAUUGUCAUUGUACAAGUUCAAGUUUUAUAGCUCCGAGAAAAAUUGAAAUUUUUGAAAAAGAAAAAAAAAGAGAAUUUUGUUAGAAAAUUCAUGGGGAGCAUGUCCAAAAAAAAAGAAAAAAAAUAUUGUCCACGAAUUAAAUUAUUUACAUUUCUUGUGUGACAAUAAAUAAAAUAUGUUUUAUUCGAGAAUAA